GUUAUUCAAAGUAUAUGUACAUUGCUUGUUGUGAAGACGAUGUCCCUUUUCGGUAUAAGCCCUUCCAAACACCUCGGUGGCCGGUGUAUCAACGCAGCCAAGACGAUUCCCAAAGCUACAACACUACUUCGAGCGUCACCUCUAUUAGCGUACUCUGAUACAAUAACCUGCGAUUACACAGCUAAGCAGACUACACCACACACAAACCCACAAUCACAAAAACAUACAGAUGUCCACGAAAACUUGGACAAUGAAUCUAUCAAUAGCUCACAAACGAAUUCAAAGUAUGUGUUCUGUCCGCAUUGCUAUCGGAGGGCGUGCCAGGGCGAAUGUCUGGAUAUGAGCAAGAAAAGCACGUCCAUAUACUAUUCAUUAAUUGGAUCCAACGAUGUCAGUCAAGUUCUCCGAGAUAACGGUGGGAGUGAUAUGACCGGGAGAUACAAUGGGAUGGCUUUGAAAACACUUAUUAGGCUUUUCACGGCUAGUGUAGAUCCGAAUAAUGAUGAUUUCACAUGUGCAUUCCAAUCGCUGUGUUUCACAAAGAACUUCUACAAUCGUAGUGGGCAGACGAGCCGAGAUGGGCUGAGUCUUAAAGAUGAACAUGCGCUACUAGCAAAAGCGAUGCAGGAUAUGCUGGGCUGUGGUAACGAUGGGGUGGAAUGGGUUAAUCUCGCACUGGUCGAAAGGGUGUUUGGCGCGCUUAGGUUAAACAGUUUUGGGUUUAAGCAUGAGGUUGAUGAUAGUGCCGAGCAUCGUAUAUCGGCUGUGUACGAUAUAGCGAGCUACUUUAAUCACUCGUGUACGCCAAAUGCCGAUGUAGGCAACGACGGGGCGAUGAUUGAGAUAAUCACGAAUCAGGAGGUGGACGUAGGGCAGGAAAUAUACGUGUGCUAUGACUACGGCAACAGAGACAUGGAUGUCGGUGAGAGAAAACGUGCCCUGUGGAUGAACUAUGGUUUCGAGUGUGGUUGUAAAACAUGUCGAGACGUACAAAUCGAUCGAAGUAUCCGAGAUGGCGAGGUGUAGAAGUGAGUUAUUCGAAGCGUGGGCGGAUAGUAUGUCAAUCAUAGCGAUUGGGCUUGCCGGUUCUUUUCUGAGCUUGCAAGGCUCGAAAGACAAGACCCGAGAUCGAGUGCACCAUACGAGUAAAGCUGACUAUUUCAUAUGCAUACA